CGCUCAGGAGACGCUUGAUGAACCGUCACCUCGAUUACCCAGCUGUCACUCAUUCCUCAGGCUUCAACCUGAACAGUACCUUACAACAUCCACAGCACCAACAUCGUGAACAUGGACCGGGAGCUCGGCUGCUGCCUCGUGACGCUAAUGGCGGGAUGGGUGUGCAUGGCCCAGGCUACCCCGCUAACUUACCCCCCGGGCCGGGGCGGGUACAAGGCGGCAGUGUAUGAGCACGCGGUCCACAUACCCUGGGGCUGUCUGCUGGUGCCCGUGUCGAGGGGAGAGGCUGUGAGACAGAUGAUGAAGAAUAUACAGGUCUACAAGACGCAGGCUGCUGCAGCUUCUAGAGAGGGUGCUGAUAUCAUAGUAUUUCCUGAAGAUGGGAUAUAUGGCAUGAUAUUCAACCGAAACACCAUCAAACCAUUCUUGGAAGAAAUCCCUGAUCCCCGUAUCACCGAGUGGAAUCCCUGCUUGACUUCCGGUAGCGACACCGAUACCGACACCGACACCGACACCGAUACCACGAUACAACGGGAACUAAGCUGUAUGGCGAGGGAAAAUGCCAUGUAUGUUAUUGCAAACAUGGGUGACAGAAAACCAUGUAACCAUAGCAACGACCCAAAGUGCCCCGACGACGACCAGUAUCAGUACAACACGGAUGUGACCUUUAACCCGGAAGGAGUUCUGGUCGCCAGGUAUCACAAGCGCCAUCUGUUCCAGGAAGAUCAGUUUGAUACGCCGCCAUUAGAACUGGCCACGUUUGAGACACCGUUCGGAAAGUUCGGUUUAUUCACUUGUUUCGAUAUCCUGUUCUACAACCCUGGCGUCGAGUUGAUCAAUAAGGAGGGGAUACGGAACAUGGUCUUCCCGACGGCGUGGAUGGACCGUCUUCCGUAUCUCGCAGCCAUUGAGUAUCACUCCGCCUUCGCCAAGGGCCUUGGGGUCAACGUGCUCGCGGCCAAUAUACACUACCCGGUGUUUAAAUUCCAGGGCAGCGGCAUCUACACCCCGACGGGGUCGGCGACAUACUACUACAACGACGGUGCCCUCAGUGAGGGUAAGUUGUUGGUAGCUGAUGUAGAUUCUAUUGUGGAGACGGGUAUCCAAGAUCCGUUUGUGUAUUUGCAGAUGAAGAGGGAAAACUGGAUUGUCAUUAAUAUGAAGCAAGAUACAAAAGUGUCUUCAGGGGAUAUGUUGUCAUCUUUUGUACCUGUUGAACGUUCAUUUGACAAAACUGACCCACUUUUUGACACGUUAAAGCUCACCAGAUGGACAUCCCUUCCACGAGAAAACUAUACGUUUGUUGCCCUAGAGCACCAAACUGGGACGCAACGUGCUUGUAGAGAUGAUGUGUGCUGCACGGUGGUCUACACCAGGGAGAACCUUUCCGCCCUUGAGGAUUUGUUUGUUCUGGCAGUAUUUAAUGGUUUUGAUGACGGGCGUUUUACUCAGAUCUGUUCCGUAUUGAUGUGUCCGGAUAAUGAUAUGUCCAGUUGCGGGGACCCCGUGAAACAAUCACGAUCAGCAUUUAGCUUCAUGGAAAUUAGUGGUAAUUUAUCAACUCCGUUUAUUUUUCCUGAAGUGCUUGUUGCUGAUGGACAGUAUAUCGGGCUUGUGCAAGGAGAGUGGUCUUUUAAAGACAGGGUUCUUCAUGGAGGAAAUGGAUUUUCCAAACCGCUUAUCACAGCCUCGUUGUUCGGUCGCCUAUAUUCCAGAGACAAAGUCACCCUGACGUAGAUCAUUGUAAUGAGUAAGUGAACGGAUUUUUACGCCGUUUGCAAUAUUCAGUAGGGUCACGGCGAGGGACAUUCACACAUGGGGCUCCGGCGCAACGGUUGAAUGAGGUAACCACUAGGGCACCACACCUCGGGAUGAGUGAGUGAGUUAGUGAGUGGAAUUGUCGCGGCUUCACCAUUGAAGCAAUAUCGCUAAAAGGCUUUUACCACAAAGCUUCCCAGCUGCCUACCUCGAAUUUAACCUUACACAUUUAUCUGUUUGUUUGUUCCCAUCGAUCGCUCCAUCCAACAAUAUUCCGGCGAUAUGACGGCAGCUUUACUAAUUGUGAAAUUAGCAGGGAAGGAUGAUUUUCUGACGCUUCCUCGUAAUUGUUUCCCAUGUGUAAUGUAGUUGUAAUCUAUCUAUAAUGUAGUAAUACUUUAUGAUUGUAGUUGUGACUGGAUUAAAGUAGAGAGACAUUUACGAACGGGUUUGACUGUAUCACGUGUCGUGUUUGGUCUUGUAGCGACUGCAUCACCAGCCAGCGAUCCCAAAGUGCUGCCACCUCGCACGACUACACUGCUGUCCCAUGUACAUCGCAACACAAAUUCCUUCUACCUCGCAUUUAUCUCAACUGACUCGAAGCUUCCCGCAAUCUCAUUAAUAUCAGACCCUUUAUUCCGAUACGACAUUCUCUGCAUUUAGAUCUGACGAACAUGAUUCGGCUUCAUUUCUUGACCACCUCUUUCACGAUUUUAGCAAAGGAGAACCGCCACACAACACAAAUAUAGCCACGAUAGUACAAGCUUUGGUGUGUAGGAAACCAUGGUGCUCAGAAACGACAGGAUGUAUAAACUUUCAAGAAAAAAAAUCAUCUAUAUUCGGAACAGUUUCGAGAUCAGAUACGCUGGUCUAGCUGCUUCGUUCACUCUUUCCGUGCCUGGCGCACGGCAUUUAUUGGAUAACACAAGAUUCUAUUUUAUCUGAGUUGGGUGUCAGUGUUAAACUGUGACAUAGUAUCGGAGUGCGCAAGCUACUUUUAGAACCGAUAAGGUACAAUCAAGCACACACAGGUGCAUGCACAUCUCAAUUCAAGUGAAAGAAUAUUCAACGCAACGAGUAAGUGAGUUUAAAUAUGCCACUUUGAACAGUAUGUCAGGUGUAUUACAGCAUGUCAACUUGAAGCGAGUGAAGAUCUCGUGGAAUGGCCUUUACCACUUUGGAGAAACACAUGAACACGGGUAUGUGCUGACAAACCCAGAAACCUAGUAAGAGCGAAUCCACGAUCACAGGUUCCUGACACGCCUAAGGGACGCAACUCUUCACAACGUUUGUGACGUCACUUCUGGGAACCUUGUGACAAGCUUUAACGUCCAGUAGGUAACACAGAUCCGACAUCAAGCCCCUCUAGAGAAGGAACGAUUCAUGUUAACUCAUACCGAAUUGUUUUUGU